UCCCCCCCCCCUCCCCCCCCCCCCCAAUAAAACAAACCCCUUUGACUUCUUCUCUCAGCAGGAGGGGGAGGGAGGGCGGAUUUACCAUGAAGACAAAUCGAAGAUGCAGAGCCCUGCUAGCAGUGAGUCUGAAUCUGAUGGCUCUCCUCUUCUCUACAACAGCUUUUAUCACGACCCACUGGUGUGAGGGCACACAGAGGGUUCCCAAGCCGAGCUGUGGGAAAGAGAAGAAGACAAACUGCCUCAACUACAGUGGGAAUGAGACUGCAAAUGAGACAAACCAGAAUGUGGUUCAUUACAGCUGGGAGACAGGAGAUGACCGCUUCCUUUUCAGGUAUUUCCACACUGGGAUCUGGUACUCCUGUGAGGAAAAUAUCAAUGCUGCUGGUGAAAAAUGUCGAAGUUUUAUUGACCUUGCCCCGGCUUCUGAAAAAGGUGUCCUGUGGUUAUCAGUAGUAUCCGAGGUGUUAUACAUCAUGCUGUUAGUCGUCGGAUUCAGCCUUAUGUGCCUCGAGCUCUUUCAUUCAAGCAGUGUGAUAGAUGGGCUCAAGUUAAAUGCCUUUGCUGCUGUCUUCACUGUGCUUUCAGGUCUCUUGGGGAUGGUGGCACACAUGAUGUAUACUCAAGUUUUCCAAGUGACAGUCAGCCUUGGGCCAGAGGACUGGCGACCACAUUCAUGGGACUAUGGAUGGUCCUUCUGUCUGGCAUGGGGUUCUUUCACCUGCUGCAUGGCGGCCUCCGUUACUACCUUGAACUCUUACACUAAGACUGUCAUUGAGUUCAGACACAAGCGCAAAAUCUUUGAGCAGGGCUUUCGAGAAGAGCAGAACUUCCUAGACCAGGAAGCCAUCAAGUACUUCAGAGAAAGGGCUUCACAACACCCAGCUCUAAAUGCCACUAGCACGCAGAGGAACAGGAGUGACCAUAACGCUCAGAAAAUACCCCCAUUCGCUACGCCAAGCUCUUCCAGCGACACAUCAAGCAGCUCUUCACUUUCAUCAGAACCAACCAGCCAGAUCUCCAUGGUUCAGGAUCAAACCCUGCUGGACAUUACCUCCAUCACUAGAUUGGCCCUAGGAGAAUCACCAAACCCUCAACCAUUUGAGCAAAGAGAUAAAAACGUAGCAAUAUUGUGUUCCAGCCCACUCGGAGCAAGGACUAUUGCAGUACCUUGCCCGGCCAGCCCCAGGCUCAGUCUAACACCCAGCUCAGCCAAGCCACAGCAAUACUCUGACUCCUCUCCAGGCAGCCCAGGGAUCAAUGCAACCUCCUUCUAUACCUUUUGUCCGCACACAGCACAAAACGUACAAGCUUCAGCAUCAGAUCACACACUGACCCCAACCAGGAAAAGCACAAGGCCUCCAGCAACAAUGACUCCUGAAGAGAGUUCCCAGUCUCCUGGCUAUUCUAAAGCUGGAUUAAAGAAUACAGGAAAGGGUUUUGAAUCAGAUCUGGAAGAUCCUGAUCACGAAAGGAGAUUUGUAACCGCGAAGGAAUUCCAAGCCAUGGAGAAAGAACUAGAAGAUGUAAAAGACGAACUGAAAUGCCUGAAGUGGAAGGUGAGACACAUUGGCGAGACUGUGCAGCCCCUGGCUGAAGACAGCAAGCGCUACAACGGCUAUACCCUGACGGAGCUCAAGGCAAUGGUGCAGUUUGAGGAUGACCCUUACAAGGCUGCACACAAGAUCCUAAACGCGCUCUUCAGUGAUGUCUACUUGCUACAGCACUCAGUCACUGAACAGGCCUGCAAGUCCCGGUCUCUGCCCAAGCCCAAAAUAGACCCAGAGCUGUACACGGUGUACUGUGACAUUCUGAAAAGCAUAUUCCCUGCAAUGAGCAGCCAGACCUUGAGGGAAGAGACCCAACACAUGCAGAAAAGCACUCAGAAAGAUGUGCAGUAACACCAGACCCUGCAAGAUGUUCUGCAACGUGAGAAGCCUCCGCUGAUUUUAGAGGACUGAACUGUGGUAGGUACCGCUGGUUGAGUCCAUCCCUUUUAGGUAUGAAUCAUCUGUAACGACAUUGGUGAGCUCUGAGCCCUUCAUGCCACUUGCCCAAUGAGACAGGGUGGGAAGGCAUUCUGCAUACUCCCUAUGUUAUAGAAAAAAAUUGCCCCCUUAGUGUGUCUUUCAAUAUAUGAACGUUUCCUUGUUUCCAGCAACUACAAAUGCUGACAAAAGAAUCCAGAGAAGGCAGUGUAUGUCCAGGCAAGGGCCUUCUCCCACCCCCAAACAGACCAACCAACCAGCACUUGGGUAGUUUCUAUUUUCUAGAGUAUAUCAUUCAUUAAAUGACAUUACUUGUUAGAAAAUUG